AUGAAGACGAAUGAAUCGUUGAUUAAUGAAUUGGCCAUUGCUGUGAUCCAUUGGCUUUCCGAGUUUCUGGACUCACCAUUGACUGCAGACGCACAUCCAACAUCUUUAGCUGAUGCAGUUGUAUUGUUCAAACUCUUCAAGAUUCUUUUAAACAAGGAUGAUAUAAACCUUGAUACAAUGGAUCCCGGGCUAUUCUCAGUCACGUGUGAAGCGGAAAGCAACGGCACAUUAAUUACAAUUCCUACACGUAUGUGGUCUCAGAUAGAUGUGUUAUCCUCCCUGUUAACCACGCAUCUCAAAAAACACGCAGGCUCGAUUCACACUCCACCCUUGGACUUUUACAAACUAAUCAUAUUGAAAGAGAGUGAGCAAUUAAAAGCAAUGUGUCAAAAUCUCAUCAUGCUUGGCACUUUCACUUCUAAGCUAGCGUCACGCGGACAAGCUUUCAUCGAGUUCUUGUCGGAGGAAGAUCGUCUUUUGCUUAAACGAUAUGAUGUUUUACAGCAAGAACUGGACUACAGAGCACAGAGACAACGUUUUGAAUCAUUAACGCCAACUUCAUUAGAUCAAGGUCAGAAUCCAAACGAUGUGUUACCUGAACCUAAUUCAGUCAAGUAA